AUGCAUCAGGGCUCCUGUGUGGAUGCGAAUGCCGUGGCCUGGGCCAGCGCUGCGACGAACAUUGCCCUCGACCUAUGGCUCCUGGCGGUGCCGCUCUGGCAGCUGCGCACUCUGCGGCUCCAUCGGAAGAAAAAGAUUGGCGUAGGCCUGAUGUUCUGCGUUGGGAUCUUCGUCACGGUCCUCUACUGUCACCAGUGCGUGGCGACAAAGCGCCGGCGGAGGGUGAAACAGUCCUGGAUCAGACAGUAUAACUGA